GCGCCGCGAAGCGCGGAGGCGCGCCGCUGGGCCCGGCUGCCAUGGACCGCAGGAAGAAGCCGCUGGACGUGGCCGCCUCCUCGUUGGUAGACCUCAAAGCAGAACUCUUCCGAAAGCAAGAAGAAUUCAAGAAAGAAAAGCUAUUGAAAGAUGCUGGCUUUCCCGCAAAGCCCAAAACCUCUAAUAAGAAACCAAGCAUAUGGAGCAAACAGAACGCAGGAGUUAAAAAUCGAUCUGAGAAAGAUAUUGAGCAGAAGACAGAAGAGGACCAAACAUUAGAUAAAUCAAGAAAGAAGCUAGAAGAGAAAGCAAAGCUAUAUGAGAAGAUGACAAAAGGCGAUUUUCCAGAUGAAGAAACUGAAGAUUUGUACCUUGUGGAUUUCACCCAGAAGAUCAUAGACAGACAGCGAGAAGUUCAUGAACUGGGUCAGGGUGAAGAUGCUACAAAGACUUCAGAAAAGGAGAUGGAUGAUGAAGAAACUCAACCUGAAAUGGAAAUACCACCGCCUGAGGAUCCAGACGAAGAAUGGGUUGAUUAUGUGGAUUCAUUAGGCAGAUCUAGACGUUGUAUGAAGAAGGAUUUGCCAAGUCUACUUAAAAUGGACCAGGAAAUUCAUGGGAAAAUAAUAAUUCCUGAUGGAAAUACCCUGUUAUCUGAAGACAUGAGAAGAGAACUUCAGAGGCAGCAGUGGGAAAGGGAAGAAGAAGAAGCCCUCAGGAAACCCAUGGGACCAAUACAUUAUGAAGACAUAAGAGAUAAUGAGGCCAGGCAGCUUGGUGUUGGUUACUUCGCCUUUUCUCGUGACAAAGAACUGAGACAUAAACAAAGGGUGACCCUAGAUAUGCUAAGAGAGCAGACACUUGAUCAGAGAAAUAAACGUGAACAGUUAAAAGAAAAAAGAAAGGCAGCUCUCGAAGCCAGACUAUCUAAACUUCGAGCACGGAAGGCUAAGAAGUUAAAGGAAGAUGGACUGGAGGAAGAGGGAGACCAGCUAGAGAGUGGAGAGGUUAAAGAUGCUACUGGCCCAGGACAAAGUGAACCAGAAGCUCCAAGAGUCACAUCAGCAAGUAGGAAGGUAGAGGUCAUCAUCCAGGAGAGGAGAGAUACAAAGCCUGGCGUGCCUUAUGUCCGAGAGUGGGAUAAAGGCAAAGAACUGAUUUUUGGACAAUGGUCCAAGAUAAAAGAAGAUCUCAGAGAUGACAGAGAUCCAGAAUUUGCACCACCUUCUGAUUACUUUAUGGGACAAAAGAAAAAUGAUAAUUAUAGCCAGAAUUUGAACAGUCCUGAAGCCUCCUCAGAAAAACAGGAGCAGGAGACAGCACAGAACCACCAGUUGCCAUCACAGCAGGUUGGUGAUAGCAGCACUGAAGAUGUGCCACCAUCGGCACAGGCCGGCAGCAGUGAUGCUCCAGGUAUGUCAGCAUCAGAGGCCCACGGCAGCGAGGCUGAAGAUGAAACUUCAUCAGAGGAGGAUGAUGGCUACGACGGUCAGGAUGCGCUGUUGUCAGCACAGGGUUACUGCUGCCACACUCAUCAGCUGCCACCAGCAAUGCAUGCUUAUGGCUACGGCGCUCACAACGUGCUGCCACCCAUGCAGGCUUACAGCUACGGCUCUCAUGAGGUGCCAAUGCAGGCCUACGGCUACGGUCCUCACGACAUGCUGCCACCAAUGCCAGCCUACUGCUACGGCGCGCAGGGCGCAAUGCCACCCAUGCAGGCCUAUGGCUACAGCGCUCCCGAGGUGCUGCCGCCAGCGCAGCCAUGCGGCUGUGACGGUCCCGAGGUGCUGCCACCAACAGAGCCGUGUGGCUGUGACGGUCCUGAGGUCCUGCCACCAACGCAGCCGUGUGGCUGUGACGGUCCUGAGGUCCUGCCACCAACGCAGCCGUGUGGCUGCGACGCUCCCGAGGUGGUGCCACCAACGCAGCCCCCCGGCUGUGACGCUCCCGAGGGAGCACCCGCGGCGCAGGCCUGCAGCAGUGGUGCUGAUGACCAGGAACCGCUUUACCAAAGUUUAGAUGAUAUGCUGUCAUACUACCGACAAGUGACUUGAACUGAGCAAAAGUACAAGUGAUUGAAUGAGUCAUCAUUUAAAGAACAUAAUUUAAAGAAUAAAAU